UGUACAGCCAAGUUGCUUGUUUGCGUAUUUCGGAGAUGCCGGCAAAGGAGAAUCUCGGGCUGCGGCCGGAUGAAGUUUGGUGGAGGCUGCAAACGAUCUCCGGGCCCGAGCAGGGGAAGAGACAAAGAUGGGGAGAAGAGAUGAAGUGAAGCCGAUCUUGAGUGCUGAGAGCUUGGCGGGGUGUUUUGGGGAUGGAGUGGGGGUUUACAAUGUACCUGAGGUUCAAUUGUGCUGUGGGCGGCCUGGGCGCUGCUGUACCGCUCAAUGUCACGCUGUACCUGAUGGACUCAGUGAGGUUGCUGCCUGUAGUGCAUACGAGUACACUGUAGCACCACUCAAUCUCUCCACUGCAGUCAUUGAUUACGGCUUUCAGCUGUACUGUAACCGUCAUCUCAAUCUUAAUCUCCAAUCUCAACCUCGUACCAUCCAACCAUCUCAACACACCAGACGACUGCCUAAACUCCGUCCGCUGCCCUCCAGCUUUUCACCCGGAAACCCGGUUUCCGUCCCCUCCCAAAUCUCCCCCAAAAUCUCCCGACUGAGACAGCUCUUGCGCUCUUCAGCUCCUCGCCGAUAUACCCGCUUCCGAUGCAUCCCUUGCUCCAAUGCUACCUCGCUCAAGUCAGCCGCACCGGCGUGGCUGUCUGAUAGAUGACCAAAUCCAGAUUGCUUUCCAGCCGCGAUUGGCUCUGGUCGCGUAUGGCGCUGCCAAUUGUAUGCUCAGCACCUCGUACGACGUGCCAAAUUACGUGUGGACGAUGCUCCGAGCGUUGUCUGUGCAUAUCUGACCUGUCUCUUUUGAUCGGAUUCUCGUGCGGAGCAACAAUGGAACGGGGGUCUUGAACAGCUACGAGACGAGGAUACGAAGGGCUGAGAGAGGCGU